AUGUUUUUUCAAAUUAAUUUUUUUUUUAUUUUUAGAUCUUUACUAGAAACCUAUAGAAAUGCUAAUUUAAAUACUAGAACGAGUAGAAAUUUCUCGGCUUAUGAAGCAGAAGGGAAAACAUAUGCAGUAAAAUUAAACAAAAAUAAACAUGGUGUCAUUAGCAUAAGUAGAGUUCAAACUUUUGGUUUUGUUUUACCUACUGGUGAAGAAUUAAUUGGUCCAACAAUAUUUUUUCCAAAUACAGUUUUCAGUUGGAAUGUUCUUCAUGCAAGAGAUGUAAAUGAAGAAUCUUUAACAUUAUUUAGCAUUUUAGAUCCUAAAAUAGAAAUAUUGAUAUUCGGUUAUGGAAUACCGAGUGAUUUAACACCUGAAAUAAGAAAUAAUUUUAUAAAUAUUUGUAAAAAAAUUGGUAUGAAAUAUGAAAUAUUACCUACACAUCAAGCAGCUGGCCUGUUUAAUUUUCUAGCAGAAGAUGCUAG